AUCAAAAAAAUUGAAAGAGAAUGAUAAAAAAGAAGCAUAUGCCAACUGCAAAGGGGGUACCAAGAACACAUAUUUGUAGACAAGUGUUGGGUCACACUAGGAGGCAGCAGCACGCCACUGGUGACUCAUGAGUCAUGUCUGAAGAGAGAAGCUGACAAAUCCCAUCAAUUCCAAUUCCACCCAUUUCUGCUUCACAUUCGUCUACCUCCGACACUCCGAGUCCGAACUGUAACUUCUUCUUACCCUUUUUCAAUUCCUUCAAUUCCUUCCUAUUGAAACAAUUAACAAUCAAAAACCCAACACCCAUCGAGCUGAAAAGGAGCAAUCUUCAGCUGAAAACGGACCAAUCUUUGUUGAUUCUUGUUGUUGUUGAACAUGGUUUCAUCAAGAUCUCUUGUCUUUCUGUAGAGCCUGUAGGGGGUCAGGGGAGAGAUUGGAGCGAUGAAUGUGAGCCGCCCAUCGGUUCACCCCGUGGAGGCCCCGCCCUUGACUGACAUGGCAGCCCAGAACGCUCUCAGAGUGAGGAUGAAGGACGUUCAAGGCAUGCCUGGCACCACAGGUGGUCUCGUGUUGCGUCUUUGCCAGCUCGGCUUUGCAGCCAUUUCUCUCUCAGUCAUGGCCACCACCUCCGAUUUUCCUUCUGUCACUGCUUUUUGCUACCUUGUUGCUGCUGUUAGUGUGCAAUGUGUGUGGAGCUUGUCACUGGCGAUUGUUGAUGUGUAUGCUCUUUCAGUGAGGCGGAGCUUGCGCAACUGCAAGGUUGUGGGUUUCUUCACCAUUGGAGAUGGGAUCACAUCCACGCUUACAUUUGCUGCCGCAUGUGCUUCUGCUGGAAUUACUGUCCUCAUUGCCAAUGAUCUUAACAAAUGUGAUGUGAACCAUUGCAAAAGGUUUGAGACUGCCACAGCUAUGGCUUUUAUCAGUUGGUUUGCUGUGUCACCAUCCUUUCUUUUAAACUUCUGGUCACUGGCUUCCCGGUGAAACACGGCAGGGGGGAAAUUCAUCAGUGAGCCGAGUCUUCUCAUAUUCUAAAAAAAAAAAUUGGCCUCUUUUAAUGGCUGUGCGUCUACAGGGUAUUUGUUUGAUUGCCCUUAUUCUGUAUAUAGAAAUAUUCUGGCAGAGUUUGUUGAGAGAAUAAUAACCUCUAGCAUGGAGAUAUGUAUAAUUUUGGAUUUUGAAUCUUUUUCCUCAUUGUGGGUGUCAUGUGAUAGUUUUUGUUGUUGUUCCAAAAG